UUGCCCUGGGCUUUUCGACUUUUGGGCAGGAAAGGGCAUUUUGACGGUGGGAGAGCAACUGGGAGUUCUAUCAUUAAUGCGAGCUAAAAAGUAGCCUCCCCAACAAGAUCGACUGGAAAGUGUAAUGGCGCUAUAGUUUUCAUAUUCUAGAUGGCGAUAUUCCUCAGAGCCAAAAAUUGCUUGUUAUGUACUCUCAAAUCCCUAACCAACUCACAGCAGAGGUUCAGCCAUACUUUAACUGAACAAGCUCGAUUAUCCCGUGGAAUGGGGUACUCUGAUUCUAGGGCUCAACAAAGCUCCACUAUUGACAUGUCGGGUUGGAAAAAGAUAAAUGCAAAGCGUGUUGGUGUGACCCAUUCUAUGAUUCCAGCUCACCUAUGGAUUGUUUUGAAAAUUCUGCAGGGUAAAGGAUUUCAAGCUUACUUAGUUGGUGGAUGUGUGAGAGAUUUACUUCUUAAUAGAAUACCUAAAGAUUUUGAUGUGGUCACGACAGCUAAGCUUAAAGAGGUUAAGAAGCAAUUUUUUCGCUCUGUGAUUGUUGGACGCCGGUUUCCUAUAUGCAGGGUGCAUAUUAGAAGUUCAGUAGUUGAGGUAUCCAGUUUUGAGACAGUAGCAAAACAUGCUGAAGAAAAAGAAAAGGUACUUUUAUCUCAAAUGCCAAGUGGCAGUGAUAAAAAAGACUUUGUCUGCUGGAGAAAUAGCAUGCAUCGGGAUUUCACAAUUAACAGUUUAUUCUUUGACCCUUUCAAGAAUCAAAUAUGUGAUUAUGUCAAUGGCUUAGCAGAUUUGAAGUCCUUAAAGCUACGAACCAUAUUCCCUGCUCACUUGUCAUUCCAAGAGGAUUGUGCAAGAAUCUUGCGGGGAUUGAGAAUUGCAGGCCGUCUGGGAUUGUCAAUUUCAGAGGACACUGAAAUUGCUAUGCGUAAACUUUCAUCUUCUGUCAAGAGUUUGGACAAGUCCAAGAUAAUGAUGGAAUUGAACUACAUGCUAUCUUAUGGAGCUGCUGAGUCUACUAUCUGUUUGCUUCAGAGAUUCAACCUUCUUGAACUUUUUCUUCCAUUUCAUGCAGCAUACCUUAAUCAACAGGUUGGUGAAACAUAUCGGAGUUCCUCGAUGUUGAUGAAAUUGUUCUUCAAUUUGGAUACAUUGGUCAGUUGCAAUCAACCUUGUGACUGCAGUCUAUGGGUUGGACUACUAGCAUUUCACCUAGCAUUAGUAACUAAUCCGCAAGAUGCUUUUGUUGUCUGGGUCUUUGCUUCUGUCCUGUAUCAUGGAAAGUGGAAGGAAGGUGUUAAAUUUGCGAGAGAAAAUGCCAAAUUGCAAGUUAAAUUUGUACCUGAGAUCUCAGGGUUUUCUGAAUUUAAAACAGAUAAAGAACUUGCAAAAGAAGCUAGUCAUUUAGCAGCCUUGGUUCGAGAUUCUGUUGGUACCUUGAUUGAUACAGAUAUUCUUGUCCGUUCCAUGUCCAAAUACCCAGUUUCCCCAAGUUCUGGUUUGGUAUUUGUACCGAAGAAAACAGGAAAUCAUGUUGCUCAACUUUUUGAUGUGCUGUUGAAUGAUGUUGAAUCUUACGAAAGUGGAAGAGAGAAUUUCAUGAUUGACUACUUCCAACUUGGAAAAGGGAAUCAACAUGAGACUAGAUUUGUACUUGGCAAAGUUAUUUUGGAAACUUUGAGUAGUGGACUUAUUAAAGUAGGAAUGGAGGUUGGGAGGGAGGUGCCUGAGGUCAUUGAUGAGAAACAUGAUCCAAUACCUUCUGAUCUGGAAAAGUAUCAAACUGAAAUGCGGAAGGAUAAAAAACGUAAGAACGAGGUGGAUUUGGAAGAUAAGUCCCAGGAGGUGCCCAAGAAGCGCCAGAAAGCAGGUGAGACAAGUCAAUUGCCUGAAGGAGAACUAAAUAAGAUGCAAGAGAAUUUGUUAGAGAAAAAAAAGCAUCAGUUGCAAUGCCAGGCAAAGAAUGAUAAAAGGUCUGGAACUGUUCAGAAGAAGAGCCACGAUAUGGCUAGAAAACAUAUGAAGGUGAUAAACAAAGUGAAGCAUCAUCAGUUACAUGAUGAUGAAUCUAAGCAGUUAAAUGUGUCUGGGAGUAGUAAUUUAAGCAACGCUGAGAAAAUGAAGUGGGAAGAAAAGAAAGAUUGCCAUGUAUUAUUGCAAGAGUUGGUAAAGGAGAAAACUGAAAAACUCUCAAAGAUAUUGGUUGAGAGGAAACAUGGUCAACCUUCACUGUCGAGUCUUUUCAGGAGGUGAGAGUAUUACUUGACGUAAAAUACGUGCAAAACAUUGUGGAGCAGCGUUGCUAGUCUCUUUAUUUUUAGGGAUCAGAAUUGCCAUUAAGAUAUGAAAUGAAUGGUUUUGAAUGAAACUGAAAGCUGAUGGCAGCCUGUUCAGAUUUAACAACUUAUAACAAAAUGAAAAGAUUACUCUCUUUUUGCAAGUUUGAUAGAAUUACCAUUAGUGGAUUGAAAAGUCACCAUAGCAUAAAAAUGCUGUAUAAUAUUACCUUUUUUCAAGUUUUGAAUAGUGUAAGAGCAUGGAAUGUCUCAUGUGAUCCAUUCAGUUUUGAAUUAGUUUUGUAGGAUGCGUGUUGUACACUUGACUAGGAAAUGAAGCUUAUCUAAUAGAUAAUUGAAGUUUUGCUUCUCUUGAUUUAUUUAA